CCUCAUCUGGGUAACACUGAUUCUGUGGCAAGCCUCUCAAUUCUGUGACAGAGAAAAUCAUCGCUCACCCUUGACGUCUAUCCGCAGCGCGCCGCUGUCGCACAGUUUCUUCCGAGUAGGACACGGCGCGGGACGGAGCUCAGGUCAUACAAUAACAGACUACAGGCCAUGAAUAUUUCGAAGGUUCAGGCCGAGAUUCGAGAUGAGGAAUUAGGACGACCUAGCGGCACGCCGGAAGCACCGCCCGCCGCCCAAGCUCAGUCGUCCGGGUCGACAAAGCGAUCGCGCUCCCCGUCCUUCGACAACGAUGCCGGGCCCCACGGCAAGCGUCUUCGGGAGGACGGGGAGGCCCAGCGUACUACUGGCGACCGAUCUGGAUGCACUGUUCCGGGCGUCAACAAAUCUACCGAGGUUCCUCAGUUUCAGCCUUUCGCUGCAGCCACACGUCCGGGUGUCCGGGCCCCUCAACAUUCCCGGGGAACUAACGUGUUGGCUCCCAUCGAGAAUAUUCCACGCGCCGUCGCUCAGGCCGGACCAGGACAAAACCAGACCACCAAGCCCACGAGUACCGCUGUUCGCGCUAUUCCUACCGGGGCUGCUGCACCCGGCACUGGAGUGGCGAUCAAGCAAGAAGUCACGGACGACGCUCAAGCCCUCGUGCCAACUGGUACCACCCACCGGCAGGAGAAUGCACCGCCGCCGUAUCAGGAGGCUCGGGCCAACCAAGACGCUCGCAACAGACAUAUGCCCGGCCCGCUCGAUGACCUCAAGGAUUGUUUGCAGCGUGCCGUGGCCGCCGCAACCGCCGCCGAGGUAAAAGUUGUGAGUCUCGAGCGUGAUGUCGUGGCCCAUGAGCACGAGAUGGAGCGUGUGGGCGCGUGUGUGCAAAACCGCGAGCGGCUGAUGUGGGCCCGUGAAAACAGGUUGAAAGCCCAGCUCAAGGCCAAAGUCGAGGCUGUCAAGAUUGCCGAGGGUCGGUUGGCAGCUGCGCAGGGCCAGCUCGAGGUGGAACGAGGCUUGCUUGAAGUGGAACGCGCUCGGCAUGCAGAACAGAAUGCUAUGCUCGAGCAACAGCUAGGCGACACAGUCGGCAGGCGCGAUCACGCGGAGCGUUCGGCUCAGGCGCUGAGCCGACAGCUCGUCAGGACGCAGCUGGACUUACAAAGCGAGAUAUCUGAUCUCCGUGGACAUAUAGAGAUAUUGACGACGCAAAUGUGGGAUGAUCGCGCGCGAGUAGAGCUCUGGAUGAAACACAUGAGGGCCGAGGUGCCAGGGCCGCGCGCUAAGUUGGAGGCCGUCGGUUUCUAUGUUGGGGCGGGCCAAGCUUUCUAGGCCCGUACAGAUUCUGCGUGUUUUCGGCUGGUAAUGUCUCUGGCUCGGUUGGCCCACUCAGUCUGCACCCUAUAAUUACAAACUACAUCCACACCCCUUUGUCCACGACACCGCAACCUCAUUGUAUGACUUUGACGCUAUAUCACGGCGAACACGAAGUAGUACGCAGGCGAUACUGCGUACUAGUUCGUGGUUGCCAUGUGUCAUCUCAUUGUGAGUGAUUGAGCCACGGGGCUCUCCUUAUAAUCGUUCAAAUCUAGGCGAACACGGGUUACGCACACUGGCAUGGCAUACAUCUUGAGGAACUGCAGACUCCGUGCAUCGAUUGUGAAUGUAGACAGCUGCGCCUGGACGUAGUACUAC